GUACUCGCAACGAGAUUCAGGUCCUUCCGCUGGUUCCUUUGGUCGAGUCCGCAAGGGGUGUGUGUGCUGCCACAAGCGCAAAAUGUGUUACAGGUGCGCAAAUGACUUUUUACGGGGCGAACUUCAACCCUGUUGAGCCCUCGUAUAACGAUGUGAUAGUGGGUGAGGCUGUGGCUGCCAACCCGAUUCUCUGCAGGGUGACCAUUGCCACAGAAACGGAGCUUACCUGUGUCCUCAGCAUUCCACGGGAUAAGGAGCAUGGAACGUAUUCGAUCAGGGUUCGUGUGCGUGCGUCGGAAACGGAGUGGGCCGCGGAGCAAAGUGCCGGAUUUCUUGUCUUGGGGGACGAUGCACAUGUCCCUGGGUGGAAAGCCAACGAUGCGCCGCAUCCCGUGCCUGCGAAUGAUGACAAAGGGGGCAAUACAGCCCUUAUCGUCUGGCUUGUCUUUGGUUCCCUCCUUCUAGUGCUGCUCGUGGUUAUUAUUGCCAUGCUUGUUUGGUUCCGCAUGACCUCAGAAAAGGAGUGCGAUGAAAUGAUUCUUUUGGAGCUGCAGCUUCUCCGUGAGAUGCGUGAGAGCGCCGAGUUAUCGAAGUAG